AUGUACGUUGGGUCAUAUAAAAUUGUGUUACGAAACAGUGUUCAUAAACAACAGUUGGAAAAGCUGCAACGCAAGUUAGCUGUUACCGCUUAUCGUGUUCAUAACUCGUUAUAUUCAGUUACCGAAAUCGCUGUAUCUGAUCUCGUGGAUGAGAAAUUCUCUUUUACAUUCGGAUGUGUUCGGGCAUCCACUGCGAUCCUCAGACGCACGUGCAAAAGGAGAAUCAAUUCCUUUUGGGAUGAACGCAUCACAAUUUGGGAAUCAGGAAAUAUUGAAACAGUCAACAACAGAUGCAGAUACAACUAUAACUGCUUCAUCCGCUCCACCGCCCUCAAGACCUUGAUCAGUGUGUCAACGGUCAUCCUCCUAGGGCUCAUAUGUGCCUAUCACGCGCUCGAGGUCCAGUUAUUCAUGAUUGACAACUGCGCCGACGACUGGCGCAUCGCAAUGACGUGGCAAAGGAUAGCGCGGAUAGUGAUGGAGCUCCUGAUCUGCGCAGUCCAUCCUAUCCCGGGCGAAUAUUCCUUCUUCUGGACCACGAAACUCUCCAACCAGGGCGGGGUGGUCGACUCCCAGUGGGUUCCGAUCGACAUCACGCUCUCCCUGCCAAUGUUCCUGCGGCUCUACCUUAUAUGUCGAGUCAUGUUGCUACACUCUAAGCUCUUCACCGACGCUUCCUCGAGAAGUAUUGGCGCUCUCAACCGCAUCAACUUCAACACGCGGUUUGUCCUCAAAACGCUAAUGACCAUCUGUCCAGGCACUGUGUUGUUGGUGUUCAUGGUUUCACUCUGGAUCAUUGCGUCAUGGACUCUCCGCCAGUGUGAGAGGUACCAUGAUGAAGAACAUGCCAAUUUGUUGAACGCCAUGUGGCUUAUAGCGAUCACAUUCCUUUCCGUGGGGUACGGUGAUAUAGUCCCAAAUACAUACUGUGGGAGGGGUAUUGCGGUGACUACUGGAAUAAUGGGGAACGGUAGCAUGGCGCUGGUGGUUGCAGUGCUCAUGACAAAAAUUCAGAUGCAGCCGGCGGAAAAACGGGUUCAUGUGCUCAUGAUGGAAAAGCAGCUGAACUGGAGGUUAAAAAAUUCGGCGGCUAACGUCCUGCGCGAGACGUGGCUAAUAUACAAACACACCAAACUUGUCAAAAAGGUUAACCACGGUCGGGUCAGGACGCACCAGCGGAAGUUCCUAUUGGCCAUUUACGCGCUACGGAAGGUCAAAAUGGACCAGCGGAAAUUAAUGGACGCCAACACCAUCACUGAUAUGGCAAAGACGCAGAACACCGUGUACGAGCUGGUGUCCGACAUGAACGGGCGCCAGGACGUCCUGGACGAGCGCGUGACGACGAUGGAGGACAAGCUAACGCAGAUCCAGGAGUCGCUGGACUCGCUCCCCGACGUCCUGGCUCGGUGCCUGCAGAAGCACCAGGAGCUCCUUGAUCAAAGGCGAGUCGCCGCCCCCUCCUCCAACUCCCUCCACCCUGACAUGGCGGCCCGGCCGGGGGGCUACCCGGCGCUCACGGGCGGCCAGUCCCCGCGGGGCUCGCCCGUGUGGCAGCAGCAGCAACAGCAGCCGCAGCAGCCGCAAGGAAACGCACCUCCCAUAUUCCCCCGGGCCAGCCUGAGCCCGACCUUGCAGUCAGGGGAGCGGUCGCCCCCCGCGCCGGCGUCGCUCAGCGGGCAGUCGCUGCCCAAGUCGGAGGCGUGAAGCUAAGCCGUCCAACCGCGGGCAACAGCAGAAGUAAAAGUAGCAACCACAGCUGUUUGUAGGCUACUGUUGAUGUCCGCGCCUUACACGCUUCUACACUCGCCAACACCCAGUACCAGUCUCACAUCUCUCUCCCGCUGCCCUUAUCUCCUGCCGCGGCGGGCCGAGGCGCUCGCGGCCUCCGGGACUCGCCGGCGCCGCACUCUCCAGGUCGACACUUCACCGCUCUCCCUCAUCACUCAGUGCAUAAUGUGAUAUUAGACAAGACACGGCUGUAGGGAGGAUCACCUCUGCCGGUCGGGUACAGCAGUUCGAGUGAGACUCCCGGCGGAUAGUUAUAAACUUCUACUGAUAUUAAACAUUUCCUUGAACAUUCUAACGGCACUUUAGAAAGGGUGUGUUAACUCUGUGUAGCAUGAUUAUGGAUGGUAAUGCAUCUACAAGGAAAGGACUAAACCUGUUCAAAGGUUUCGAUACUCCUUUGCAAAUAUGGUGCUCUUUGGGAAGUUAUAAGGCUCUGGCAGUAUUCUCCGCUCUGGCAAGUUAUGACACGACGCUGUUGAGAAGCUUCCGUGAGGGGCAGAUGCUCCCUUGACUGGCUCUCUGCCGUCAGUAGAAAGAAAACAAUGCCCAGGUCAGAGGACAGAGUUAUUCAAGAACAUCAAAAUGGCAGAUGGUGACCCGAGGUGGCCCGCGGAAUCAGAGUGACCCCGGGGGAACCUGAUUGGCCACAGGGGACACACACACAUACACCCUCACGUCACCCCAAGUUGAUCGUUCUUGAGUAAUCUGCGUAGAAGACCAAGUUUUCCCUGGCACUGCGGUGGCGGUCCUCAAGGAUGAAGUCCCAGGUGGACCUCCACACAAAACUCGAGAGGGCCACCACCCAAUGGAGGAAUGACUUGGGUCUUGCUAGAUGAUAGGUAUCAGCGCUUAUUAGAAAGGUGGACCGGGUGACGGCCUUCGUUUGGUAGAAAAGGGAGGGUUACCGUGCCUACGACAGGGAAUAACAUACGUGCAAACACAUACAUACAUUUUUUUUCGUUACCUCUUAAUGUUCUCUCUCUCUCUCUCUCUCUUUAUUUCUAUAUCUAUUUUUCUCACCUCUUCCUUUUCCCCCUCUGUCACUCUCUUUCCCUUCCUCUGCAUUUUCAAAUUAUCAGGAUCUAUCUGUCCAUACCCUCAUUUUCGGGUCCACCCUUUCUUCUCUUCACAUAGCCACUAUACAUAUCUUCCACCUAUAAAUCAUAAACGCAAAUCAAACACACACACACAAACUCCUACACAUACACCUACACACACACACACA